GUCCCAUCCCAGCCUUGAACUCAGCACCACAGCUCCUCUGGUUUGAGACCGGGAGGGUGUCUGUCUCUUUCUGUCUCAAACAUUUCCCCCCUUCACUCAGGACCCCUUUCUCUUUACAUCUCUUAUCACCGCUUUGCUCAGCCACCUUCCUUCGGGAGGUGCUGGAAAAGCCAGCAAGGGGAAUUUACCAGGAGGAUAAUGACCAAAAGUCCAGCUUGCAGUCAUUCUACAUAACUGAUAUUAUUUUUUUUCUUCAAAAACAAAUACAGUGGAGUACAGCUACUUCAGCUCAGGGUGUCCCCUUUGUUUCUUCUGAAGAUGAGGAGGCCUCGGUUGUUACCGCUAUGCGCCCUUCUGGGUGUCCUGUUUGCAGGACUCCUCCCUAAACUUGAUGCUCAGGAAGAUUGUGGACAAGGGUUGGCAGCUGAUAUGUACUUUCUAGUGGAUUCAUCCUGGAGUAUUGGACAGGAGAACUUUGAGCAUGUCAGACAAUUUCUGUACAGUUUGAUACAAUCGCUGCACCGGGUUGGAGGGGACAGGUUUAAAUUUGCCCUCGUGCAGUACAAUAGCAGGCCUGGAACUGAGUUCCAGCUCAACAGCUACCCAACAACACAGGGAGUCCUGGCACACAUCAAGGAUAUGUCUUAUCGCGGUGGGGGGACCCGCACUGGCCUGGGCCUGGAAUUCCUCAUACGUACACACUUGACCACUGCAUCCGGUAGCCGCGCUGUUGAAGGGGUGCCCCAGGUGGUGGUGGUGCUAACAGAUGGCCGCUCCCAGGAUGACGUAGUCGAGCCGGCUCAGGUGCUGCGGAUGGCAGGCGUGGAGGUGUUUGCAGUUGGAGUUCAGGAUGCAGUGGAGGCGGAGCUCAGGGAGAUGGCUAGCCAGCCCCAUGACACUCAUGUAUUCAGUGUAGACUCUUUCCUGUCCUUGAGGGAUAUAAUUCAAGAUUUAGUAGUGGGGAUUUGCAGCACAGUGACCCGGUCAGGGGGCGCUCCCGUGGCAAUUGAGGCCCCUGUGGCUGGAGGAGGGACAGAGCAAGAUUCAGCUGACCUAGUACUCUUAAUUGAUGGAUCACAGAACGUUGGAGCAGCAAACUUCCCCUUUGUGCGUGAUUUGGUUUUGAGAAUCAUUGAGCCCCUUGAUGUGGGCAGGGACGCUGUUCGGGUGGCCUUGGCUGUUUACAACGGCAACCCAGAGAUAAAGUUCUAUCUAAAUAGCUAUGACAGCAAAUCGUCAGUCCUGGAAGCUGUGAAGGGCCUUACCUACUCAGGGGGCGACGAAUCAAACCUGGGGGCUGCCUUGGAGGAAGUGGCCGAGAGCCUCUUGAGCCAAACAGCUGGGGGCAGGGCAGACGAGGGUGUGCCCCAGAUGCUGGUGGUUAUAAGUGCUGGGCCAUCCACUGAUGAUACUGGUGCUGGUGACCGGGCCCUUAAAAGGGCUGGCAUUAUCACAUUCGGCGUGACGAUUGGUGACACUGCCACUACAGAUCUGGAAGCAGUUGCUACAGACAAAAGUUUUGUCAUGUCAGCCCCUGAUUUCAGAGCAGUGGCAAACAUGGGUGACCAGCUGCUCCCAUACAUUAACGGGGUGGUCCAGCGCUCCAUUAUAGUUCAUAAUGAGUUCACAGAAGGUAUGUAACUUCUCUGUAAAUGUGGGCGGGGCACUGUGGUUGUCGAAGGGGACUUAAUCAAUUAAAAGUGUAAUGAAUCUAAUAUAGUGUACAAGGUAAGAUAUGAGAGGUUUGUGCUAAACUUGAAAUUGCUUUAAUCUCAAUUGUAAUAAGGACUAUCAACAGAGGUGAUAAUAAAAUAGUAAAAGUUGAAAGUAUUAACUAUUGUUAGUGUUCUGUAUCUACUUAGAUGAAAUUGAUAUAAUAUAUAUAAUAUCUUCUACUAUCUUUUACUAAGAGAAGUAGGGGAGAUUGGGGAUGGUUGCAACACUAUCUUGCAUUUCUCUCAGUUACUCAGAGACUAUUUGGACUUGACCAACCAAACUUUUAUUUUAAACUUACAUCUGUCCACUAAUUACCCACCAUACCAGAAUUCCAAUAUUGCAUCUGACCCCAAACCUUGGGACAUUUGCAACAAGAAUCAGGGAUGGUUGCAACAUAUUAAGAAUUCAAUAAGUUUCACUAAUUUCACCUUUUGCUUUUUGUUCCAAAAGGUAUGGUAUUCUGAAAAUAUACAUAGUUUUAUAAUAAUAUUCUAGAAUUAUUUAUUUCUACAAUAAUAUUCUAGUUAUAUUUAUUCAUUUAAUCAUAUUUAUCAUUUAUCUAUCAUAUAUGAUCAGUUAUUGAGUUUUGUUUUGUGUAGAACAUAGGCCUACCUUGAGUCAAAAUAGGCACAAUUUAUCAGUUUUAUUGUUUAUGAUAAAAAAGAACAGGCAAAUAUACAUAAGAACCUAACAAAAUAAUUCCCCAAAUAAUUUGUUUGUAUUCUCUUUUACAUUGAAUUGAGCAGUUAUUGUUGCAUCUGUUGUUCUAUGGUAUAAACUUAGCUAAAUAUAUUGCCUAUUUUGAACUAAAAAAAGUGUGGUCUGUUUUGAUUUGGCUGCUCAACUUAGGAAAAAAUACAACUUUUUGCAACCAUCCCCACACUAUCACUUGACACAUGUUAACCAUGUGACAUAGAAGUCAAUAAAACAAUGAUUUAUAAUAUAAAUAUUCAUUGAUAGAGCUUAAUAAUUGUAAGUUGUAAGUUCUUGCAUUUAAAGAAAUAAUUUAAACACAAAAGAUGUGCAGUUUAUUUUUUAAUAUAAUUUUUUUUCGUGAAACAAAACAAGUCCAACAAGCACUGCAGAGCACAGAACAAUAUAAGGGCUUGUGAAAUUAAAUAAAAAGAUUUUAUGAACUAUAUGAAUGACCAACACAUUAAUCAACUGACAACACUUGGCACAUUAAGAACCAAGUUCCAGUGCCACUUUCAGGCUAGUCUCUGCUCUGCAGUUUGUUUUACGUUUAAAUUGUAUUGAUUACUCAUUUAUGCAUUUCUAUUCUUAUUCUAAUUUUAAUUGAUACUUUUUGUCUUUAGCAGUCUUUAAGCAAGUGUCAGAACAUCACACACACACAAACACGUUAAAUAUAAAUCUAAUUACAAAAUAUCUGAAUAUUUAUUAGCCUUUAGCAUGUACAAGUUUAUUAUUAUAAUGUAUCCUAAAAAAUUUUUUAUUCUCAUAUCAUUUUUUUCUUUCCUUUUCAGUCUUGGCAGUCGGAAAACGAGACAUCAUUUUCCUAAUCGACAGUAC